AUGGCAAAGAAGAACCUCACUUUAGUGACCGAAUUUAUCCUUAUAGCAUUCACUGACUAUCCUGAACGGGCACUCCCCCUCUUCCUCCUCUUUCUAUUUAUCUAUCUCAUCACCUUAUUGGGGAACUUGGGCAUGAUUAUCCUGAUCCAUGUGGACCACCGGCUCCACACCCCAAUGUACUUCCUUUUGAGUCACCUCUCUUUCAUGGACAUCUGCUAUUCAUCUGUCACCGUGCCUCAGAUGAUGGCUGUGUUGCUGGAGCUUGGGGCAACUUUAUCCUACACACGCUGUGCUGCUCAGUUCUUCCUCUUCACCUACUUUGGCUCCAUUGACUGCUAUCUUCUGGCCCUCAUGGCUUAUGACUGCUAUGUGGCCGUGUGCCAACCCCUACUGUAUGUUACCAUCAUGACUCAGAAGACUCGUUUGGGUUUUGUGGCUGGAGCUUACAUUGCUGGUCUCCUCAGUGCCUUGGUGCGGACAGUCGCAGCUUUCACUCUCUCCUUCUGCGGAACCAAUGAGAUCGACUUUAUUUUCUGUGACCUCCCUCCUCUUUUAAAGCUGACCUGUGACAGUUACACCCAGGAAGUGGUCAUUAUUGUGUUUGCCAUUUUUGUUAUCCCUGCCUGCCUGGUGGUGAUUUUGGUGUCCUACCUGUUUAUCAUCGUGGCCGUUAUCCGGAUCCCCUCAGCUGGAGGCAGGGCCAAGACCUUCUCUACUUGUACCUCCCACCUCACUGCUGUGUCACUCUUCUUUGGCACCCUCAUCUUCAUGUACCUGCGGGAUAACUCAGGCCAGUCCUCAGAGGAGGAUCGGGUCGUGUCUGUGUUCUAUACAACUGUCAUCCCCAUGUUGAACCCUCUCAUUUACAGCCUGAGGAACAAGGAGGUGAAGGAGGCCCUGAGGAAGAUUCUCAACAGAGUCAAGUUGUUCUAA